AUGAAGUACGAACGUCUUGCCUCGCUGGGCCUUGCUGCCCUGGGUGCCCUUUCCUCUGUGUCUGCCCGGCCUAUUGCGACCCCCGAGGACGACGAGUGGGAUUGUGGCGACGAUGAUGUUGCUGUCAGCACGCACUAUGCGACAACCGUGAUUGUCAACACCCAGGCUACCACUACCGCUGCUGCUCAGCCCACUUCCACCGUUGAGGCUGUGACUGUCAACACCCAGGCUGCCACUACUGCUGCUCCUGCCCAGGUUUCCGUUGCCUCCGUUGAGGAGCAGAAGCCAUCCACCACUAGCACCAGCACCACAGCCGCCAGUGUUGCCACGACUGCGGCUGCUCAGGUCUCCGUUGCCUCCGUCGAGGAGAAGAAGGCCACGUCCUCUUCCACUAGCACCACGGCCGCCAGCGCUGCCACCUCCUCUGCAUCGUCUUCUUCCUCUUCCUCUUCUUCCUCCAGCAGCAGCAGCAGCAGCAGCAGCCUGAGCUCCGAAUUCUCCGGCGAAGCCACCUUCUACGGCGGCAACGUCGACGGCGGCGCCUGCUCGUUCAGCGGCUACACCAUCCCCUCCGGCCUCUACGGCACCGCCCUAGGCUCUCCCCGCUGGGACAACGCCGCCCAGUGCGGCUCCUGUGUCCAGGUCACCGGCCCCAGUGGCAACAAGAUCAAGGCCAUGAUCGUGGAUGAAUGCCCUGAAUGCGACUCCAACCACCUCGACCUCUUCCAGACCGCCUUCGCCGAGCUGGCCGACAUCUCCAAGGGCGUCAUCUCCAUCGACUGGGAGUACGUCGAGUGCGGCAUCACCACCCCGAUCAAGCUGAACAACAAGAGCGGCACCUCCGCCUACUGGUUCGCCAUGCAGGUCGAGAACAGCAACGAGCCCGUCACCAGCCUCGAGGUCAGCACCGACGGCGGCAGCACCUGGCAGUCCACCACCCGCUCCACCUACAACUACUUCGAGAACGCCAGCGGGUUCGGGACGGAUACUGUGGACGUGCGCGUCACCAGCGAGUCCGGCGCCACCAUCACCGUCAACGAUGUUAGCGUGUCGUCGGGAUCGUCGGUCACCGCUUCGUCCAACUUU